AUGACAAAGAAUGACCUAAUUUCCAAUUUGGGCACAAUAGCAAAAUCAGGAACAACUCAAUUCAUCGAGGCAAUCAAAGGUGGAAAUGUAAAUUUGAUUGGUCAAUUUGGUGUUGGUUUCUAUUCAUGCUUCUUGGCAGGACAGAAGGUUACUGUUGCAUCAAAGAACUCAGAUGAUGAUUAAUACAUUUGGGAAUCUCAAGCAGCUCAUUCAUUUGCUGUAUCUAAAGAUCCAAGAGGAAACACUUUGGGUCGUGGUACUUAAGUCACUAUUCAUUUGAAAUAAGAUGCAGUAGAAUUUGCUGAAGAAUCUACAAUUAGAGAGUUGAUCAAAAAGUAUUCUGAAUUUAUCAAUUUCCCAAUUUACUUGAAGGUGACAAGAGAAGUUUCAAAGUAAGUAGAGGAGGAAUCAGAAUAAUAAUAGGAUCAAUAAGAUCAAUAGGAUUAGACAGAUGAUGAUGAAGUCAAAGUUAAAGAUGAUGAUGAUGAUGAUGCAGAUACAAAGAAGAAGGCUACUAAAACAAUAAAAGAGAAGGUGUCUGAGUGGGUGUAAGUGAAUGAAAAUAAAGCUAUUUGGUUGAGACCAAAGGAAGAGAUAUCAGAUGAUGAUUAUAAGAAAUUCUAUAAAGUCUUGUCUAAGAAUUCAGGUGAAGAUCCAUUCAACUGGGUUCAUUUCAAAGCAGAAGGUGAAGUUGAAUUCACAUCUCUUAUUUAUGUUCCAAAGAGAGCACCCAGUGAUAUGUUCGAUAAUUAUUAUGGAAAAUAAACUACAAACUUGAAAUUGUAUGUCAGAAGAGUUUUGAUCAGUGAAGAAUUCGAAGAUAUUCUUCCAAGAUAUUUAAGUUUUGUUAAAGGUGUGAUUGAUUCUGAUGAAUUACCCUUAAAUGUCAAUAGAGAAACACUUCAAUAACUUAAGAUGUUGAAGGUCAUCAGUAGAAAGAUUGUUAAGAAGAUCUUGGAAUUAUUCUAAGAUGCUGCCUCCUAUGAUGAUGAAGAUGAGGAAGAUACUGAAGAAGGUGAAGAGGAUGAUAACAUGGCUGAAACUACUCCAGAAGAAUAAUAAAGAUUGAAGGAUGAGAAGAGAAAGAAGAAGAUCGAUGAGUACAAUGAAUUCUGGAAGGAAUAUGGAAAGAAUAUCAAGUUGGGUGUCAUUGAAGAUUCAUCAAACAGAUAGAAAUUGGCUGAAUUAACAAGGUAUCAUUAUUAUUAUUACUAUUAUAUGAAAUAUGUUAUGCAAUGA